UUAUCAUGUUAAGAAGGGUUCACAUUCUUUUGUUUCUUUUAAUUGGAACUUUGACAUGUGACGAGGAAGUGAGUGAUGAAGAUAGCUAUGAAGAAAUACUGGGAUAUGCAGGAGGUAGCGAAGGCAGGGGUGGUAGACUGUUGUGGUCGUACCAUCCCAUGCUAGAUUUGGUACUGAAGUCGAGUGGAAACCACUUCGCUUACAAAGGAAACGGGGACUUCUUCAACUUCAUACGGGACUCAUAUCCAUUACCCAAUGGCCUAAGCUCGCCGUUGCCCGAGUACGACUUCAUAAUCGUAGGCGCCGGUUCGGCUGGCAGCGCGCUCGCUAGCCGGCUGACCGAAAACAAAAAAGUGACGGUGCUGCUGAUCGAAGCUGGCAAACCUGAGAUGCUGCUGACCGAUAUACCAGCCAUGGCUCCCUACUUCCAGGCCACGGACUACACCUGGCAGUACUAUAUGGAGCCGCAACCUGGAGUUUGCAUGGGUAUGGAGAACGAGCGGUGCUUCUGGCCACGCGGCAAAGCUGUGGGGGGUACAAGCGUGAUCAACUACAUGAUCUACACAAGAGGCCGACCACAGGACUGGGACCGGAUCGCGGCCGACGGGAACUACGGAUGGUCCUACAACGAAGUUUUGGAGUAUUACAAGAAAUCAGAAAAGGCCAGUUUAGACGGCUUGGAGAAUAACCCAUACAGAAACAAGGACGGAGUCAUGCCGGUAGAAUUCGUACCAAAAAGGACAAAAUUGAUAAAGGCUUUCCUAGAAGCAGGAAGAAUUCUUGGACAUCCUACGGUAGAUUACAACUCGCCGCAUGAAUUAGGUUUCGGUUACGUUCAAACAACGACCAGCAGAGGACACCGUCAGAGCGCUGCUAAAGUGUUUCUUCACAGACACAAGAAGAGGCGAAACCUGCACAUAAUGCCUGAAACAACGGCGACUAAAGUCCUCAUAGAUCCGCAGACAAACACCGCCUAUGGAGUCGAGUUUAUAAACAAGAAUAUUAGGUAUACAGCUCGAGUACGCAAGGAAGUAAUUCUCUCUGCUGGACCUAUUGCAUCUCCCCAAUUACUAAUGCUUUCAGGAGUAGGUCCAAGAGACCAUCUAUCUUCUCUAGGAAUAUCAGUCCUCAAGGAUUUACCCGUCGGUCGGGAACUAUACGACCACAUCUGCUUCCCCGCAGCGAUAUUCAGUCUAAACACAACGAACGUUAGCUUCAAUGAAAAUAGAGCUUUGUCGAUAAAGAAUCUGGUUGAUUGGUUGCGAGACGGUGACAAUGAUCUAUCAUCACCAGGGGGCGUGGAAGGGAUAGGUUAUAUCAAAACACCUGUUUCUGAUGAUCCCGAGCCAGUUCCUGAUAUCGAGUUGAUCAGCAUCGGUGGGUCUAUAGUGGUGGACGGUGGACCUGGGGGCAGUCGAGCAGUUCGUAAGGGCAUGAGAAUUUCCGAAGCAGUAUUCAAUGAAGCUUUAGGAGCCAUAGACAAUUCGGAAACCUGGAGCGCAUUCCCCAUGCUGCUGCACCCAAAAUCUGUGGGUCAUUUGGAGCUAAGAGACACAAAUCCUUUCAGUCACCCUAAAAUGUAUGGCAACUACUUGACUGAUGCGAGAGAUGUAGCUACAUUUGUAGCAUCAAUACGUCAUCUUCAAGCAAUGGCAGCGACGGAACCCUUUCAAAAGUUUGGUGCUCGGAUACAUAGGGCGCAAUACCCUAAAUGUCGCGGUUUGGCUUUUGAUUCUGACGAGUACUGGGAGUGUGCUGUAAGGACUUUCACUGCGACUUUACAUCACCAGAUAGCUACUUGUCGUAUGGGGCCCGUUGGGGAUCCUCGCGCUGUGGUGGACCCAGAAUUGCGAGUUCAUGGAGUCAACAACCUUCGAGUGGUCGACUCAAGCGUCAUACCGCGUACUAUUUCGGCCCAUACGCAUGCGCCUGCGGUCAUGAUAGGUGAAAAAGCUGCUGAUAUGAUUAAAAGUACUUGGGGACUAUUUAAACCUUAGACUGAUAAGUGAUCAGUGUCUUUAUAUCUUUUUGUCGAGCUUUCCAACUGUCAUAUAAAGACAUGAUUGAUUACUACGAUUACGUAAUAUAGGACUCUAUUUGAUGGAGUAAUUUAUCAAAGGAAAGUCAGGGUCGAUUCAGGCACUUUGGAAUGCGUCCAAAACCGGCCUCUACUUGUUUUUUCGGCAAGCAAGACUUAUUAUAGCUAUGAUGUGCUUGCGUAAACGUUUCUGAAACAACUAGAACUAUUGUGAAAGAAGUCACAGUUGCAUUAUAUUUUUGUGUACAACAGAUAUGAAUCUGCUUGUCUAUAGGUUUAGAAAAACAGUGUAAACAAGUUUAUAAAAACAAACACAAAACCUUAGUUUUAGGUGGGUAAACCUUAUAUAUGUGAAUGUAUUUUAAAAUAACAUUUGGGUGUCGAAAUAUUAGAUUAUUUGUUCAUAUUUAACGUUUUAUUAACGCAUGAUAUAGUUUUUUUAAACAACCUUCUCUUACAAAAACUAACAAGACUGGAGCAAAGAAUUGUGGUUUUAACACACUACAUUAUAAAUAACUAAGCGAUAACGCAUUACCACACAUUAUACCUAUUUAGCCACCAAGUGUUAUUUACUUUAAAGAAGUUAUCAAAAUAGAACUAAGCUAUGUAACGUGGUGAGGAGACUAAAAGAACUGUGACUAAAGAUUUAUGUACUAAAAAAAUAUGCUGAUGAUGAAAAUACAGUGAGACUUUAUUUUGAUACAAUACAUUACGUUAAAUGGUUUGUCUUUACUUAGGUAAGUUAGGUAGGGCCGAUUUUUCAAUCGCGCGUCAAGCCAAGUUCGGUUACUUAAUCUGUACAAUAAGUUAAACCAAUUUAUUACAGGUUUUGUGGUAACACCAUAGUAUAAUUAUGAGUACCUAGUAACACUUUAACCAGAACAAAGAUAAAAUGAUUGUCAUUUUUGAACCUUAGUAUUCAGCACCCAGCAACCAGCACAGGGUUAAAAUUUUAUUUUCAGUAAAGAUCAUUAAACGGUUUUAUUUCACAUUUGAUUGAAAAAUCGGCCUAUUAUGUAUACUAUACAAGUAGAUGACGUAAAGAAAAAGAACUAACAAUGUUUUUAUCACAAGGUUUAAUUCGGGGAGUUGAGGGAUUGGUGAUAACAGGAUCUUGGGUGGGAUCAGGAGCUGUGGGUGAAAACAAACAUGUAAAAAACUGUUGAAACAUAGAUCUACUGUAAAUAAUA